GGACGACGUCAUGUACACCAGUACCACCAUUCAUCAGGGCUGCUGUACUAUGGUUAAGGGACGAUCCAGACUAAUAUAGGGGAAAGAUGGAGGUGAAUCUGGCUGAAUGGGGGUGAAGCAAGGCAGGACAGACCGUCAUUGCCGCAUACAUGGUCGACGUCAGCGAUUCAAGGUCAAGGGGGGCAAGAUAUAUGCCUCCUCCCCUCCCCGGAUUUCGAGCCUCUUCUUCUCCUGGACAUACCGACUAUUUGAUUGCAUACCAAACCAUUUGACCACUAUUGUAAACAAGAAGCAUUCAACCAACCCAACCAAGAUUAGCAAACAUGGAGACCAUCCACCGCGCCGCCAGCGCCGCCAGCGAAGCCCUCUUCGGCGAGCAUGGAGAGCACGGGCAGACCACCCAUGGUAAGACGGGUACUACCACACACACCAAUGUCGCGGGAGAGUAUACCCACGAGCCGCUGUCGGGACGGACAGGGGAUACAAAGGCAGGAGAGCCGUAUGAUGCUGGUAACUUAGACGAGAGAUCUCAGCAGCGCAUUGCCGCUUCAAGGGGCGAGCCCACCAACACCACUGGCACAGCUAGAGAAUACACUUCCACCUCUGGCACAUCAGGAGGGUAUGCCCCCGCUACGUCUACUACCGGCACAGCUGGAGGAUAUGCUCCAACCACAUCUACUACAGGCACAGCUGGCGGAUACGCCCCAACCACAUCCACAACCGGCACAGCUGGUGGAUAUGCUCCAACCACAUCCACUUCCGGCACAGCUGGCGAAUAUGCCCCCACCACUUCCACCACCAAGUCCUCCACCGGCGAAGGCGGACUCCGCCGCUCCUCCGACAUCUCCCCCCGCUCCGGCCCAGCCGCAGGCACAAUCCCCAUCCCCUCCAACAUUGACCGCCAAGCCGGCGGAGGCUCUUACUCUUCCGCCCGCGAGACCGCAGCGCGCGCCAUGGGCUCAGCUGAGACGCCUGGCAGCGGUGCUGGUGCAUAUUUCGGCGCUGGUGCUGGUUCUGGUGCUGCCGCGGGAGGUGCGGGAUUGUGGAGUGCGGGGCAGAGGAGGGAGGAGGCUGGUGCUAGAGAUGAGAAUGGGUAUAAGCCUGGCGAGGAGGGGUAUACUGGUAAGGGGACGGAGCAGGCGGGGAAGGGGGGACAGCAAGCAAGAUUUGCGGGUGAGGGUGGUGAGGCGGAUGCAGCGGAUGUGACGCCUUCCAGGGCACAUGCUGAGGGGAAGAAGGUUAGGGAUGUUGGCGAGAGUUCUACGACUGGUCCGACUGGUGCCGGUGCUGGAGCUGGACCUACCGGGGCUGCUCGUGGUCCUGGUGCUGGACCUAUCGGGGCUGCUGGUGCUGUUGGCGCUGGCGCUUCUGGUGCCGGAGCUUCAACAGGUGGCGCCGCGGCCGGGAGCGCACCCGUCGGCCGUCGUCAGAGCUUGACGGCACACCUCCCCGGCGAGCCUGGCGGCGAGGGCUUGCGUCGCACGAGUAACGCGGGACAGGGAACGGGAGAGCAGUGGGUUAAGAGCACUGGUUUUAAGGCUGAAGGCGGGGAUUUUGACGCCAGUGCUCCUGGUGCCGGAAGGGAGGCUGAUCGCCUGUUGAUGGAGAAGGGCAUCAAGCGCUCCGGUGCAGAUGAGAAGAAGGUAACGGGACAGAUGGAUACGACGGCACCCAAUGGGGGCCACAACAAUGCUUCGGAUAACCUAGGUCUGAAGGAUAAGCUUAAGAAUAAGCUGCAUAAGGGCCCGCUGUAAGAAGAGGACCCGAUAAUAUGAAUGGGGCUAUGCGACGAGUUUUCUGCUCAAGCUCGUCGUUGGAUUAUGUUUUAGAAUUUGUAUAAGCUAGUUUCUAUUGAAUGAUAUAUUAUGUUAUUAUUGUAA